UGGCGGCGGCAGCGGCAGCGGCAACACCAGUUGCAGAAGAGGGACAAGUUAUCAGCUGCCACAACAAGGAUCACAUGAUCGAAAACAUCAAGAAGGGCACAGAGAGCAACAAACUGAUGCUUCAUGUGAUAUUCCUCAAGGUGGAUGUGGAUGAGCUUAAGGAUGCUGCUGAACUAUACUCUGUUGAGGCCAUGCCAACUCUUGUUUUCCUAGUAGGUGGAGUGGAGGUGCAUAGGAUUGUGGGUGCUAACAAAGAUGAGCUAAAAAAUGCAUUAGAUAAGCACGCUGUACAAGCUUCUCCUUGAGGGCCUAAUAUCAUAUAGCUUACUGUCCAAUUGAAGAACAAAUAUGAUCCCUUGACUUUCUGCUUCGUUCUGUCUUAAUGUUUUUAUGAAGUACUCCAUGAUAAUAAUGAUUACCAC